CGGAUUACAACAUCCUUGACUUUUAAAUCCGACAACAUGCGAAUCACCUACAUCCUUACAAUCACAUAUUCCUACAUUUAUCGCUUGAAUCCUGCAACACAAUCACACUAGGCCUCAAGCUACAGCCAAAGGGCGACGCAUAUCUACAUUUUUCAUGUGAUAUAUAUUCUCUAAUCUAAUGUCUUCCGAACAACAACGGGAGCCGCCGUCGCCCCCAACACGUCGAGAGCUCUUCGAGGGCCGGUUACAACCACCAUCUAAGCCGCCUUCAGCCAAGUCCUACACUAUUGCUCCAGCAUCAAUCAAUGAGGUUGUAGUAAGGCGUCAAAAUGAAAGGCAGGCGGCUCGAGAUCCCGUUGAGAUCUCAUCCGCGGCGACGGCCCAACCAUUCGUGGAUCCUGCAGUUCUGGAACACCGAAGGCGCAUUAGCGACCCGGAUUAAACGCCCUAUAGCAACCUCUGACCCCCAACUUGCAACGACACGGCCCGUCUCCUAUCUACCUGGUUACUGAUGCAUCUUUUAUCAUCAUGAUGGGGAUCAAGUCAUCGUGU